AAGAAAGUUAUAAUGAGUAACGACGUAUACACAGGUGAGUUUGAAAGUUCUAACUGGUCAUCUCUACACAAAGAAAGUGAUGAAACUUUGAUUGAUGAUGGAUCUCUUAAUGAAGAAGCAGAUGAUCCAGAAAUUGAAGCAAUUAAAGCAAGAGUUAAAGAAAUGGAGGAAGAAGCAGAAAAAUUAAAAGAAAUGCAAAAAGAAGCUGAAAGUAGUUUAAUGAGUCCACAGCAUGCAGUACCUUCCUCUCUGCCUGGAGAAGACCAAGCUUCUAUUGAUUGUCGAUCUGUAUAUGUUGGCAAUGUUGAUUACUCUGCAACUGCUUCUGAGUUAGAGCAACAUUUCCAUGGUUGUGGAUCAGUAAACAGAGUAACUAUAUUAUGUGAUAAAUUUAGUGGCCAUCCAAAAGGGUUUGCAUAUGUUGAAUUCGGCGAUAAAGAUAGUGUGGAAAAUGCUGUUCAGCUUUCAGAUUCUCUUUUUAAAGGACGACAAAUUAAAGUAACAGCUAAACGCACUAACGUACCAGGUAUAUCAACUACAAAUCGAGGUUUUCGUGGAGGUCAAGGAAGAGGUCGAGGAAGAGGAGGAUUUCGUGGAGGAUAUAUGGGCGGAUUCGCUGGCGGAUUUACUCCUCGUGGAAGAGGCGCUUACAGAUCGCGACGUGCACAAUGGUUUUCGCCGUAUUAAGAUGACUUCACAUGCCAAUAAAAAAUAAAAAAAUAAAAAAAAAAAGAACCAAGAAAAAAAAAAUCAAAAGGAAAAAAAAAGUUAAAAGAAGUUUAAAAAAAAAAAAGAAUAAUGUGAAAGAAAAUGUUUAUAUUUAUUACCGGUCCCGUGGCAUAUAGAAUAAAAGAUUUUAGAUUUUACGCAAGAGGGAAUUAUGCAUGGGGGAAAUAAGGAGGAGCUGCUUGUGUUGCAUCUCCAUUCAAUUUGCUGAUGUCGUGACACUGUAAAAGAUGGCAUUAUACGAAAACCGUAAGCACCUUAUGAAUAGAAAGCGCAGACUGUUGUAUAACAUUUUUUAGAUGUGUGAUAAAUUCUAUCCGCC